AUGACUUCAUUUUUCAAUCCAAAAUUUUCGAAAGAUUUUCCUCUAAUCCUAAAUAAUGAUAAUUAUGAUACUAUUAUUCAAGUUGGUGAAAACGAAGACAUAAAAGAAUUUCGUGCACAUUCAGUAAUUUUACGUGCUCGUUCUCCUUAUUUCGAAGGUGCUCUUUCAUCCUCUUGGGUUAAAAAGGAAAAUGAUAUGAUCAUUUUUAAUAAACCAAAUAUUACUCCAAAUGUUUUUGAAAUGAUAUUAAGAUAUAUUUAUACAGGUGAACUUAAUUUGGAAGAACAACUAAGUGAAGAUAUUUUUCGACUUUUAAUCGCAUCUGAUGAACUGCUUUUUGAAGAAUUAAUUUCAUUUUUACAAGAAUACAUUCUCGAACAAAGACAAAAUUGGGUUGAUAAAGAAUUCUUUCUUGUCUUUUAUACUGUACGUAAACUUGCAAAUUGCGAGCUUCUACAAAAUUAUUGUUUUAAAACCAUAAGCAACUUUGACAGAGAUAUAUAUCAUGACCUACUUAAACGAGAAGAAUUAUUGAUUAAAGAAAUUGUUGCAUGGAAUUACUUAAUUAUAUGGGGUAUAGAACAAACUUCUGGUUUGGGAAGUUUGAAUUGUGACAGAAACAAACGGAAUAAUGAGGAUUAUGAAGCAUUAAAGGAAACGUUGCAUGAAUUUAUUCCUCUUAUUCGAUUUACGAAUAUUACUUUUGAUGAUUUUAAUAAUAAAGUCAGACCAUAUAAGAAUAUAAUUCCUAAUCAAAUUUAUGAAGAAAUUGAAGAAUUUUAUAAUAAAGGUACUACGCCAAAAAUAAUAUUACCACCUAGAAAAAUAGAAAAAUUUGAUUCAAAGAUUAUCAAAUCUAGACUUAUAAGAAGAAUUAUUGAAUGGAUUAAUAUAGAAGAUUUCUGGAUUUCACGUUAUAAUUUUAUUCCUAUUUAUCGUGGUAGUAUUGAUGGUAUUAGUAACAAAUCAUUUAUAAAUAAAUGUAAAGGUCAAGUAGGAAGUUUAGUUUUAAUUAAAGUUAAUUAUUCAAAUAAAAUAUUUGGCGGAUAUAGUUCUAUUGGAUUUAAUUCAAUUGAGAAUAGUCUUUUACGUAUUUAUGAAGAUAAUCACCGAUUUUACCAUUCAUCAAAUAACUUUAUUUUUUCAUUAGAAAAUGAUGAAGAUACUCAAAAUAUGAAAAUAAGUCGUGUGAUAAAUUAUGAUAAAGCUAUAUACGAUCAUCCUCACAAUGGAUUUAAUUUUGGUUAUAAUGCAUUUUUUAUGACAGAAAAUCAUUGUAUAAUUAAUAAUUAUAGUUGUAAUUAUGAAAAUAAUAUAAGAACAGAUACAAUUUAUAGUAUUGAAGAAAUCGAAACAUUUAUUAUAACUGAAUUAUGA